AUGGUCAGGAAAAAGAAAUUUCGAAAUGAGUUUCAUGGAGUUGUUGAUGGGCCUGCAAUUAAAAAAGCGAUGAAAAGUGGUAAUGCCGAAGAACAUAAAUUAGUGGGAGAAGUAACUGAUGAAUCUAACGAUACCAAUAAGAUUGUGAGAAAGAAGAGGAAGCUGCAUACCUAUGAAAGAGCAAGGCUAGCAUAUGAAAAAAUUCAAGCCGAGCGUCGUCAAGAAGCUGAAAAACGACGUGCAGAGCGGGAGAAACGUCAGAAGGCAUUAGAGCGUUAUUUGUCGACUAAGAAGAAGAUGGAUAAAGCUUUGAUGAAAAAAAAUAAACGAGGUCAGCCAAAUUUAAAUGCCCAAGUUGCUGUUUUACUUGAGAAAAUUGAGAAGAGGUUUUCCAGUUAA